AUGGGGAAUCUUCAAUCUAGGGCGAACCAUACAAUCGAGAUAUACUGGGGCCGAGAGCGUCUGGUCGCCCAUCGGAUCUCUUGGUUUACAGCCCGGUUUCCGAUCAAUUCUCAUCUUCGAUCUCUCAUCAAGUGGAGCAGCCUAGUGCGAGGGUACUAUUAUCUCGAUUUGGCUCCUAGGGAAAGCGACGCAGCGCCGUGGUUAACGGUCUGGAGAGGGACCUGCCGUGAUAGGUCUAAACGAAAUGCAUCGCUUCGAGAGGCUGUUGAGUUAUUACUUGAGGACAGAAUGGGUUCGCACGCCAUCAAUAUCGGUCAGUUAUACCGGAAUGACAACAGAGGGCAGCUCCACCUUCCUAUUAGAAAGUUCCAAGAUCUUAUCGAGGCUCUAGUCAACAUAGCUAUUUCGUUUGGCUGCCUUACGGGUGGCAGCAGGCCUAUUUUGAGUGGCAUAAGGUCUGCAUACAUGGAGCACCGAAGCUUCUUCAAACACAAUGCAACCGUGCCAGAAGCGGUCAGGUUUCUUUCAAUCGGCCACAUGCUGAAAUCAGUACGGAUGAUACAAGAUUUUAUGUUCACUGUUCUUUCCGGCUUCGAGGCCGCUUUUCCCAAGUCCCGAAGCAGUGACGGUGCUGCCAAUCAGCACAGGGACGGCCGGGAUAUUGAUCGGGCGCUUUGGGAUUAUCUGAAAAGACAAUAUAACGAGUACCAACAUAGGAAGCAAGAAAGAGAGAGACAGCUUCGUGACUAUCUGGCAGACAUGGGAAAUAUCCCUGAUAAUUCUAUUUUCAUUUCUGUCAGACCUAGUGCUCUGGUAGACCUUGUCUCUUCGGCAAGCACUAGUGCAAAAUCCAGGCCACAGUCCUGGGAAAUACAAAACCCCGGGAAACGAGGCCAGGUUAUUGUUGAAGUAAAAACCGUCGGCAAUAACCCUCAUAGGGCGCAACGAGACCUAAAUCGCGAGCACGAGCGUCACCAUAAUCGUGCACAGUUUGAACAUGCUCUAGCACAGCAUAUGAACCAGUUCGCUGAGGAAGAAAGGCAGCGGCGAUACGAUGGUUUCUUGCCAUGGGAAAUCCACUUGCAUGGAGAAUGCCGGCGCCCAGAGAGGCUCUUCCGGGGGGAAAGAUUUGGUCCUGAUGCUCGUGAUGAGCUUAGGAGAGAUUAUAGCCAGGUCCGUGUUUAACUGGGUGCUUGAGGAUGGGAUGGGGUUCCCCUUGAGGAAAUUGGGAUGAGAGGCAACAUCACGGAUGGCGAGGAUGGGUUAUGACCGGGAUGAACGCUUGUUGCUGUUAUUUCUAGAUAGUGAUUUCUUUACCCUGGGACUGGGACCUGACCGAAUAAAGUCCUAGAAAUUAAUAGAGCUUUUUCUCCCCUACUUUGCCCAAGGAGGCUAAUAUACUGCACUAGAAUACCUAAGAACUCGAGUGAGCAGACCAUAUGCUGGGUAGUCCAGAGAUUCCUCCUCUUGAAAAGCUUCUAAAUACACGCUACAAAGCAUGGCUCCCGGGGAGGAAACACCAGAUCUUACCGGGAGAGGCAACCCCGACGUCCCAGCAUAUGGUCCGAUCAUUCGAGUUCUUACCGUAGUUAUCAUAAGGUCAAAAUCUUUCCAGCUUCCGCACCCGUUUUUGGGCAGGCAGAGGGAUGAUUGGCAGUGUAUCAACAUUGAAAAACCUCUUCUGCCAAUGGUUCCAUGGCUCAGUUGGUUAGCGCGUGGUGCUAAUACCAAGAAGUGUUAACGCCAAGGUCGAGGGUUCGACCCCCUCUGGAACCAGGAAUGAAUUCUUUUUACUGUCG